CUACUCAUUUCGCAGGACCAAGAAAAAAGAAGAUUACACUAUACAACGAACAAGACUAUAGUAUUAUUAUAUAAAAAAUGUCGAAACAUCACCCAGAUCUGAUUAUGUGCAGGAAGCAGACAGGCAUUGCUAUCGGACGUGUGUGCGAGAAAUGCGAUGGUCGAUGUGUUAUUUGUGAUUCAUAUGUUCGUCCAGUAACGCUUGUCAGGGUCUGUGAUGAAUGCAAUUAUGGAUCUUUUCAGGGACGUUGUGUAGUCUGUGGAUCGCCAGGAGUUAGUGACGCAUAUUAUUGCGCUAAUUGUACGCGAGCUGAAAAGGACAGAGAUGGCUGUCCAAAGAUUGUUAACUUGGGAUCCUCAAAAACAGAUCUGUUUUAUGACGGAAAAAGUUUGGUUUUAAGAAACGAUAAAGGAGCAUUUCACUUGAUGAAUGCGCCGCUACCGCAAGGCAACGUCUUUUAUUCUGCAGCCUGAUAGAUGUAUAGUAC